GGUUUUAGCUCAUAAGCUAAACGGAAACUUUUCAAGCGCCGGCUAGCUACAAGUAAUAUGAUUAGCAUAUUGUUCAAGUAAUACCUUUAAAACGUUAUUGUAUUUGUAAAUAUAUAUUUUAUUUCGUCUUAGCUCUCAUUAGACUUCACGGGCAGGUGGACCCAAUCAAGCUAAUCGUCAACACACUGAAGAACCAAUCCAAAAUUCUCCUUUGGGAGAUGAGCCAGAAGGAGUUCUACUGUUCUUUACACAUCGAUGCCAAGAUGGUGGACUUUACCAACAUGAUCCAGAUCAACACCGGCUUCCCGAGGAAAGCCGCUGCCGACACACUUACCGCUCGCCCGAAUCUAUGCACCCUUAUUUGAAGAUGGGAGUCCCGACAAGGCACGCCCAGCCUCUCCGUGAGCCCAACUUUAGUGUGGACCCUCUGGAGGACUUCAACGUCUGGUACCCUCCAAUGUGGUCCCUAGACUCAGCAGGACAUGGACCUGGUGAAUGUUCCGGCCUGUUCAUGGGCUUUCAUGACAGUCCAGAAAGUCUUCUAUGCGAGUCUACCUGAGACUAAUGUAGACAUUGUCAGCAUCCAUAUGGUCCAGAAUGUCAUGCACUGGGACAAGUACCAAAGGCACAAGGUGUACCUGCAGAAAGGAACCUUUUGGAGCGCCAUCUCUUCCACAGCACCACCGAGAAUGCCGUCGAUGACAUCUGCCACAACAACUUUGACCCGCAAUUGGCCAUAGGCGGUCGCGCCUCCUACUUUGCCACAUGGGCCAUAAAGUACCACCUGUACAAGAUAUUGAGGGGGCAUGAUCGGGUUCGCCACAUGUUCCUAGCCAAAGUCCUGGUGGGGAUAGAGACUUAUCCCGACGUGUUUAUCGCCUUUGACAGCUGUCAGGCCUUCCGCGACUUCCUCAUCAGAUUGAGGCUGAAUCAGCAGCGUCCCUGCUGGCUGCAACCAAUUAUUGAACUUCAAUGUUUAAUCAAGUGCUUCAAAACACCACCCUUUUUGUCGUCCUGAUAACAAAGAAAAAAAGUGAACCAAAGUAAAGUGGCUUAAAGGUGGUUCCUUGCAAAACUCCAUACUGUUAAAUCCUGCAUCCAAAAUGAAGGAAAAAUGACACCUGGCGGUGCUGACCGCUUUUCGGCAGUCAUGGGCCGGUCAGACGGACCGGCCAAUCCACUCCAGGCGUCGACUAUGUUGCCGAUCCUUUUGGUUGUGUUUCUGUUCUCCUGUGGAGUCUCCAGCCUUCCUCAGCCUAUGCCGAGAGUCUUCCUCUCCUUCGACGAGCUGCAGGCCGUGGCCUCCUUCGAGCACUACACGCUGUCCGACAAGGCCAUGGACUACAGGAUCCUGCACAUGGACGAGGACCAGGACAGGAUAUACGUGGGAUGCAAGAACCACGUGCUCUCCAUGGACAUCAACAACAUCACGCACGGCACUUUGAAGGCGUUUUGGCCGGCGUCUACCAGCAAGAUCGAGGAGUGCCAAAUGGCGGGUAAAGACCCCACGCAUGGAUGCGGCAACUUCAUCCGGGUGGUGCAGCCGUACAACAGAACCCACUUGUUCAUGUGCGGCAGCGGCGCCUACAGUCCCGUGUGCGCCUACGUCAACAGGGGGCGCCGACCCGAGGAACAAAUAUUUCACAUUGACUCAAGGUCCGAGUCCGGAAAAGGGAGGUGCUCCUUCAACCCGCAAGUCAACACCGUGUCCAUCAUGCUCAACCAGGAGCUCUUCUCCGGCAUGUACAUAGACUUCAUGGGCACGGACGCGGCCAUCUUUAGGAGCCUCACCAAGAGGAACGCCGUGCGCACCGACCAGCACAAUUCCAAGUGGCUAAGCGAGCCGGUCUUCAUCGACGCUCACCACAUCCCCGACGGCACCGACCCCAACGACUCCAAGCUCUACUUCUUCUUCCGCGAGAGGCUGACAGACAACAGCGGCAACACCAAGAACAUCCACACCAUGGUGGCCCGAGUGUGUCCAAGCGACAUCGGAGGACAGCGCAGUCUGGUCAACAAGUGGACCACCUUCCUCAAGGCCAGGAUGGUGUGUUCCGUCCUGGAGGAGGACGGCACCGAGACUCACUUUGAUGAACUCGAAAGUGUGUUUUUGCUGGAAAGCGAUCAUCCCAAAGGCCUCUUGGUGUUCGGGGUCUUCACAUCCACAAGCUCCGUCUUCAAGGGCUCGGCGGUGUGCGUGUACAACAUGGCCGACGUCCUCACCGUCUUCAACGGGCCCUUCGCUCACAGGGACGGACCCAACUUCCAGUGGGUGGCCUUCCAGGGACGCAUCCCGUACCCGAGGCCUGGGACCUGUCCCGGCGGCGCCUUCACACCGGACAUCCACACCACCAAAGAGUUCCCGGACGACGUGGUUAACUUCGUCCGCAACCACCCGGUCAUGUUCAAUGCGAUAUAUCCUAUCGGGAGGAGACCUCUGGUGGUCCGCACGGGGGCCGACUACAAGUACACGUCGGUGGCUGUUGACCAGGUGGCGGCGGCGGAUGGAAACUACCAAGUACUGUUCUUGGGCACCGACAAAGGUACCGUCCAGAAGGUGAUCGCCCUGCCCACCAACCACUCCCUGCAUGAGGAUCUGAUCCUGGAGGAGCUGGAAGUCUUUAAGAGCCAAGCUGCGGUUACAAACUUGAGAAUCUCGCCUAAAAAACAACAGCUCUACGUCAGCUCGGAGUUGGGGGUCUCUCAGGUCUCUCUGCACCGCUGUCACGCUUACGGCUCGGCCUGCGCUGACUGCUGCCUCGCCAGGGACCCCUACUGCGCCUGGGACGGCCUCAGCUGCUCCCGCUUUUACCCCAGCGGGAAAAGGAGGAGCAGGAGGCAGGACAUCAUGCAUGGAAAUCCUCUCACUCAGUGCAGAGGAUUCAACCUGAAAGCCUACAGGAACGCGGUGGAGAUGACGCAAUACGCCGUCAAAAACAACACCACCUUCCUGGAGUGUCUCCCCAAGGCCCCCCAGGCCUCCAUCCGCUGGCUCAUCCAUAGAGACAAUGACAGGAGAAAAGAGGUGAAGCUGAGCGAGCGCGUCCUCUCCACCGAUCACGGCCUCCUCGUCCGCUCGGCCCAGCCCUCCGACCAGGGCCUCUACUACUGCCUGACCACCGAGAACGGCUUCAAGCGCACCGUGGCCAAAAUCCGCCUGCGUGUGCUGAGCGAGGCCAUGGUGAGCAUGCUCACGGACAAGAAGAAUUCGCCGUGGGCCUGGUCCGGCUCCUUGCACCCCAAGGUGCUGCUGGAGGCCUUCAGCCCCGCGGAGAGUCUGGCCGUGCAGCAGUACUGCAAGGAGAGGAAGGAGCUCCAGCAGAGGCAGCCUCCCCAGGGGCCGCCACCGGGGCCUCUCAGAGGGGACUUGGCCAAGCUCAAACCGCUGCUGGACCGCAGGAAGAGCCGCAACCGUCGCAACCACCUCCCGGAGGAGUGAGGCAGCAAACUGCUUAGUCGGGCUGUGGACGCUGAGAGGAGGACGAUGCUCCCUCUCCCGGAUGGAAGUGGCUUUUGCUUUGGACCGACGUCCUGAGGCGGCGUGGACGUAACAUCACAGACAAGACGCUCAAAGUCAGCAAAGUGGACAAAAAAUCCAAACUGUGGUCAGUCAGUGUGCGUCUUUUUGGACAAAAGGGAGAAACAUGAAGGGAAGAAUGGAUGCAUGUCGUAUUACACUUGCAUUAGCUGUCAACACCUUCCACAAGCUCCUGUAUUUAUUCCUGCUUGACCAAACUGUAAUGUCCAAACGUCCCCACUAGGUAGCGCAACUGAGAAUGAGCGCGUGAGACUUGACAUGUGAGAAUGUGUGAUGUAGAUAUGUGUGAGAUUGUGUACAGCUAUUUAAAGUUGUGUAUAUAAGUUGACUUCCCACGACUGUAUCUGCAAGUCGCAGAGACGAGCCUGAGUGCAUCCUUUUGUCCGACAGCGCACGUUGAAUAAAAGUGUUCGUACAGCA